ACUGUAAGGGUUCCAAGGGGAAACGAUCUUGGCAUGAGCUCGGUGGUCAAACAUUAUCUGACGGAACGUCAGGAGCUUGCUGAGUCAGCAGACAUCGCUCAAGCCUGGGCCGAACUAGAAGAUCUCUAUACUCGAAAACUGUGGCACCAGCUUACUUUGAGACUAAAAGAAUUUGUUAAAAGUGACUAUUUCCAAAGAAGCAACGGUUUACUUCAGUUGUAUGAAAAGUUUCUGUCAGACUUUGAACACAGAAUCAACGCUCUGUCUCUUGUCGAGAUUAUUCUCUAUGUCAAAGAGGACAUUGAAGAUCCUAAUGCUGCUGUUGAAUUUCUUGAACGAAUCAAUGAGAAGGUGAAAGACAAUACAGAAGCAAGGGUGCUCUGCAACACAGCAAUUGGGACCAUCAAACUGCAGCAGGGAAAUCUAGGUGAUGUUAAGAAACUCAUUGAAGAGACAGAAGCUAUGCUUGAUACUGUGUCGAGUGUUUCAUUUAUACAUGCUCAGUUUUUCAAUCUCUGCAGCAAAUUUCAUGCGACAACUUCUUAUGCUGAUUAUUAUCGUGAUUCUUUACGAUAUCUUGGAUGUGUAGACUUGGUUGAUGUUUCAGUGGUAGAUCAGCAGGAACGAGCAUUUAGACUAGGGAUAGCAGCUAUUCUUGGAGAUGGUGUUUAUAACUUUGGAGAGCUGCUAGCACAUCCUGUUCUGGAAUCUCUGAAAGGCACAGAAAAUGAUUGGCUAGUUUCGUUAUUAUAUGCUUUUAAUAGUGGUGAUAUUGGUCAGUUUGAAUUACUAAAGAGUCAUUGGCAGAAACAGGAAGAUCUUGUCAAGAAUGAGACAAAAUUGUUUCAGAAGAUUCAAUUACUUUCUGUCAUGGAAUUGACCUUCAAAAGACCAUCAACCAAUAGAAGCAUUCCUUUUGAAGUAAUAGCUGAGGCAGCUCGUAUUCCAAUCAGUCAGGUUGAGCUGUUGGUUAUGAAAGCCUUGUCAUUAGGAUUAGUCAAAGGUUCAAUUGAUGAAAUUAGUAAGCAAGUGAAUAUGACUUGGGUGCAACCAAGAGUCCUGGAUCUAUCUCAAAUAAAAGACAUGGCUGACAGGCUUUCCACGUGGUGCAAGAGUGUAAAAGAGACAGUUCACUCAAUGGAAGAUCAAGUGCCGGAACUAUUGGCCUAGCUCUAGAGAUUCAACUUCCACGUGAUUAUACGGGACCUAGAUAUGUAGUUCUAAAUUUUUUGAUGUAGUGGUUACGUAAACGUUACAAGAAGUAAUGAGCACACUAGUACCUGCCCUUCGAGGUUAGAGCUAACAGAAGUAGCCGAUAUAUCUUCUA